AUGCCGAUGGAAGUGGGGACGUCGGGAGCCGCGGCUGGAAGGAACUCAGCACCGGUGACAUUUCCGAGGCUCGAUCGCAGCGACUACAGCAUGUGGGCGAUGAAGAUGGAGGUGGCUAUGGAAUCUCAAGAGAUCUGGGACGUAGUCGACCCCGGCGGCAACACGUACGCCAAAGGAGCGGCGAACUAUCGCAUUGAUCGCCUGGCGUUGGCGGCCAUCCAUGCGGUUGUGCCGAACGAUGUGCUACAACACCUGAAGGGGAAGAAAUCUGCGAAGGAUGCAUGGGAUACGAUCAAGACCCUACAUCAAGGACACGAGCGUGUCCGGGAGGCGAACCUUCAAACCUUGCUGAGGAAUUAUGAGAGUUUGAAGAUGGGAGAAGACGAGGCGGUCGACGUGUUCGCAGCGCGUGUAACGACGCUCGUUAACGGGAUCCGCGACCUAGGCGAGACACUCAUCGAGAUCUCUGUGGUCAGGCGGUUCCUACGCACGGCAUCACCAAAGUAUAUCCAGAUCGUAACCUCAAUCGAGCAGUGUGUCGAUCUGAAGACCCUCACGGUGGAGGACUUGGUGGGGUGCUACAAGGCGCACGAUGAACGACUCCGGAUGGUGUUCGGAGACGGCAAAGAUGACGAGCAUCUGAUGAUGACCCGUGCGCAGUGGUCUGCUAUGGCCGCAAGGAAAACUGGCGAUUCGUCAUCGUCCAGUGGAAGAAGAGAUCAAGCUAAAGGAGAAGGUCGAGCACAAGCAAAGAAAGCUCCUCAAGGUACCGAGGAGAAAGGUGCGGCCCCCAAGAAAAAGAUUGAUCGCAAGAAGGUUAAGUGCCACAACUGUGGAAUAUACGGGCACUUCAAGUCGGAAUGCCGAAAGCCACAGAAAGAGAAAGCAUAUAUGGCCAGGGAAGAAGAUGAUGAUCCGGCGCUGCUGAUGGUAGAGAUGUGCGAGCUGAUGGAAAAAGGUCAAGAAAAAGUCAUCGAGGAGAAGUCUGAGACCGUAACCCUUGUUGAAAAGAAAGUCUACCUACAUGAUAAAGCAAGAGUGAAGGCGGGCAAUGUGUGGUAUGGGUCAACCCACAUAUAUGGACAGAUCAAGGAGCGUACGGGGUUUUCUCAGUCCACGAUAUGGGACCCACUUGCCAUCGAUGUAAUCGUGGCGUGGGCGGACAUGGUGGGCUCCUGGAAGGCGACGGUGAGGGGUUCGGUGGCGUGA